UUCCAAUUAUUUUAGUAUAUAUAGAAAGAGAGAGGUUGGGUGGCAUGAUUUACUGGAAAAUGCUUGAAAUUCGCUACAUUGUUGGCAAUCUUUGAUGGAUCACCAGCCUUCUGGACUGCUCUUUACAGAAAUUCUUCCCAAGGAAUUGCCUGAUCGAUUUUGAUACCUCUAGCUUUCCUUUCCCUUCUAUAUUUUUGUUGAGGUAGAGAAGGGAAGGAGAGCGUAAAUUUGAGGGAGAAAGGGAAAGGAUUAGACUCCUUUUUUUUUGUGUUGGUGAGAACAAAAUGACUGUUGUUUCCGGGGUUAUCUCAAGGCAAGUGUUGCCAGCUUGUGACAACCUUUGCUUCUUCUGCCCCGCAUUGCGUACGAGGUCCAGGCAGCCGGUCAAGAGGUACAAGCACUUGAUAUCGGAUAUUUUCCCCCGCUCUCAGGAUGAAGAAGUGAAUGAGAGGAAGAUUGGGAAAUUAUGUGACUAUGCUUCAAAAAAUCCUUUACGCAUUCCCAAGAUAGCAGACUCCCUCGAACAGAAAUUCUACAAGGAAUUAAGGAAUGAAAACUACCGAUUUGUGAAGAUUGUUAUGCUGAUCUACCGGAAGUUAUUGUUAUCUUGCAAGGACCAAAUGCCUUUGUUUGCAAAUAGUCUAUUGAGUGUCAUGUUCGCCUUGCUGGAUCAGACGAGCCAAGAUGGAGUCUUAAUUAUCGGAUGUGAAUCUCUCUUUGAUUUUGUAAACAACCAGAAAGAUGGAACAUAUAUGUUUAAUCUCGAAGGACUAAUUCCAAAGCUCUGCCACGUAGCUCAAGAAGUGGGAGAUGAUGAGGGGACAGAACAUUUACGAGCAUCUGGGCUGCAAGCUCUAUCUGCUAUGGUUUGGUUCAUGGGCGAAAACUCACAUAUUUCAGUUGAAUUUGAUAAUAUUGUUUCAGUAGUCUUGGAGAAUUACAAAGGUCAAAGUAAGGAGUGCAGUGGUUCUGAGCAAAAUGGUUUGGUGCAAGAAGCCAAUAAAGCCGAGGGAUAUGUCUCUACUUCUGAAGCUUCAACAAAGGUUCCUUCUUGGAGAAUCAUUAUAAAUGAAAAAGGACAACUUAACGUGGCUGCAGAGGUUGCCAAAAGCCCGCAGUUUUGGUCUAGGGUGUGCCUUCAAAAUAUGGCCAAUCUCGGGAAAGAAGCAACCACCAUGCGUCGUGUUCUAGAGUCUUUGUUUCGGUAUUUUGAUAGCGGAAAUCUGUGGCCCGUCCAAGGCGGGAUUGCUUUUCCUGUUCUCAAAGACAUGCAGCUUCUGAUGGAUGAUUCUGGGAGCACACAUCUUUUGCUAUCGAUAUUAGUCAAGCAUCUUGACCAUAAAAACGUCCUCAAGCAGCCCGAUAUGCAGCUCGACGUAGUUGAGGUUGUCACUGCUCUUGCUCGACUGACAAAGAAGCAGUCAUCUGUACCUAUAGUCAGUGCUGUAAGUGACAUGAUGAGGCAUUUACGGAAGAGUAUACAUUAUUCACUUGAUGAUGCAAAUCUCGGAGAUAAAGUUAUCAAGUGGAACCAGAGAUUUCAUCAAGUCGUUGAUGAAUGUCUCACCGAAUUGACAUCAAAGGUCGGAGAUGCUGGUCAAAUCCUCGAUGUAAUGGCUUCUAUGCUAGAGAACAUCUCGAGCAUUACUGUAAUAGCGAGAACGACUAUUUCUGCUGUCUAUCGAACCGCUCAGAUUAUAGCAUCUUUACCAAAUGUAUUGUACAAAAACAAGGCUUUCCCAGAAACUUUGUUUCAUCAGCUACUUCCAGCUAUGCUCCAUCCCGAUCACCAGACGCGAAUUGGAGCUCAUCAGGUCUUCGCUGUUGUACUUGUGCCGUCGUCUGUCUGUCCUCAGCCAUCUUCUGAUUCCUCUAAGGUUGACCUCUCGAGGUCGCUAUCGAGAACUGUCUCCGUGUUUUCUUCGUCUGCUGCAUUGUUCCAGAAGUUGCAAAACCAAAUGACUCCUUCCAGGGAGAAUUACACAGAGUUAAACGGAAGCGAGCAAGGUGGAGUAAUGAAUAGAAUUAAAUCGACAUAUAGCCGGGUAUAUAGCUUGAGAAGCUCACCGGCACAAGAUGGUGAUAAUGGAAACAACUCGACUAAAGAAGCGGAUGCGGUUCGUCUUAGACUGAGCAGCCACCAAAUAACACUCUUGCUUUCAUCAAUUUGGGCACAAUCUAUAUCUCCUGAAAACAUGCCUGAAAACUAUGAAGCUAUUGCUCACACAUACAGCUUGAUUUUGUUGUUUUCUCGAGCUAAGACCUCUUAUCGUGAUGCUCUAAUUCAUAGUUUCCAACUUGCUUUUACAUUGAGGGCCGUUUCUCUACAAGGAGGCACUCUUCCAGCAUCACGUCGGAGAUCACUGUAUGUGCUGUCGUCUUCCAUGAUUAUCUUCUCAGCGAAGGUCUAUAACAUUCUUCCCCUCAUCCCAGUUGUCAAGGCUGCAAUCUCCGAUAAAGUGGUUGAUCCAUUUUUGUGUUUAGUUGAAGAUUCAAAGCUGCAGAUAAGUGAUGCCGGAUUAGAAAAACAAAAUGUCUAUGGAUCGAAAGAAGACAACACCGCCGCUGUAAGGUGUCUUUCAGAAAUCAAGAUCAGUGGCGAGCUAACUAAACAAUCCCUGGUUUCUGUUAUUGUUAGAAAUCUAGAGAACGUACUCGAGUACGAGGAGGCUACCAUAGCGGAGCAGCUGGUCCAGAAUUUCGUGCCGGAUGAAAUGUGUUCGCUUGGCAGCGGCCAAAUGUACAAUGACAAUGCGGAACAUGGACGCGAGAGCAACGUUAAGGGCAUCUCGGGUUUUGGAAUGGACGACGAUGGUCAUCAUGAUCCCAACGAAAGCAACGGUCCACCCAAUUCGAAGCUGACUGUUGAGUUACCCAAUCUUCUCAGUGUCGAUCAACUUCUGCAAUCCAUUUUGGAGACGGCGCACCAUGUGGGAAGAAUGUCCGUGAGCACGGGUUCUGAGACAUCAUACAGAGACGUGGCUAAACAUUGCGAGUCUCUUCAGCAGGGAAAGCAACAGAAGAUGACUUUGUUGACCAUAGCUUCGAAAAAUGCUGCAGCUGGAGCUGCUGCUACCGGAGGAGACAAAUCACACACCGGUGUCUCCAAGGGUGAAAAUGGUAACAAGAUAUUGGGCGGACCUCCGGUGCUAUGCGCGACUGAGUAUCAGAACAAUCCCGUCUCGUUCCGGCUACCAUCUUCGAGCCCUUACGACAACUUCUUGAAAGCCGCCGGAUGUUGAUAAGCCAGAAACAAACUUAGGGUUCUAUGACCAAAACGGGCUUAGUGAAACACGCGAUGCAGCAACGUAUCUUCGAUCGCAUUGCUUUCAAUGAGACGACUACGAUCGGCUUGACCGGAGAUCGGCAUAAUGGUGGCACAGGAGUGUGAAGAUCGAUGGCCUCUUUCUCACAAAAGUGUGGAUAUUUAGCAAGAUCAUGUGAUGUGUGAGGCUUUACUAGUUUUUUGUCCUAUAGUUUAGACCCUUCUCAUGUACAAAAUCAAAGCUCAUUUUUUCCUUUAGAAUCUUUCACUAUUAUUUUUUUCAUU